AUGGACGCAACACAUGCGCCCUACGGCAACGCCCCCGCCCCCGUCUCAGCCGGCCCGGGCCCUACGGCCAUGCCGGCGCCCACGUCGACGCCACCAGCUCAGAUCUCUUCUUUCGAAUCGCACCCCUCGGCGGCCGUUGCGGGGCAAUCGACAAGCUCAUCAACGUCAGGGGCCCAGAGCCGCCCCUGUGACAUCUGUCGCCAGCGUAAGACACGCUGCGUCCGCGAGGAGGGCCGCGAUAAGUGCGUGAUGUGUUCAUUCCAUGGCCAGCCGUGCACAUAUCUCCGCGGCCCGCUCCCACGCAAGCGCCGGAAGGCUACAGAUCCUCCGGAGCAGCGGCCGCCGACCAAUGGAUCCAUAUCUGCGCCCGCUGGCCCUCCACCUGCUCCCGCGCCACUGGAGGCCCAGGAAGAGAUAACACAACCUUCUCCCGAGCUGCUAGAGGCACUAUCACCGUCCCUCGCCGGCUCCGAGAACAUCGCUCACUUCGCCCCCAUCCCCUCAUUACUAGACGGAACUCUCGGACUACACCUCAAGACUCAUUCCGAGUACGUUGGCAACACAAACUACCGGGAACCCUCCCUACUGGACCUCCACCGCCCUCAAGACCCAAGCACUCGCGCCGUUCGCCGCCUCGACGACUCGACUGUCUUCCUCAUCCACCGCGACCGCGAGACGUCUUCUGAACCCCAACGCAUAGCCGAUCUCGACGCCAUCGAAAAGGUCGUUCACCCCUUGGGCUCCACCCUUGUGAACCUCUACUUCCGCAUAGUCCACCCAAGCUUCCCCAUCCUCCACAAGAAGGUCUUCCUCGAGAAGUAUGCCCGCUCCUACCAUGAAUUUUCCCCACCCCUCCUCGCCGCCGUUUACCUCAUCGCCCUCGACUGGUCGCUAUACGACCGCACCCUCGCUACGUCCUCCUGGCAGCCCGAUCAGGCCGCCCUCGAGUCCCUAGCCCUGCGCACCAUGAGCGAUGACAUGAAGCGUCCCAAGAUCUCCACCCUCCAGGCCGGCCUGUUGAUCCAGCAGCGCUUCCGGAAUAACACCUGGACCUUCACAGCCCAACUCAUCGCCCUCGCCCAGGGGUUAGGUCUGCACGUCGACUGCAGCGACUGGGCCAUCCCGGAUUGGGAGAAAGGCCUCCGCCGCCGCCUCGCCUGGGCGCUUUUCAUGCAGGACAAAUGGGGCGCCCUCGUCCAUGGCCGGCCGUCGCAUAUCCGUCUCGAAGAUGAUUGGGACGUGCGGCCGUGUCGUGUAGAAGACUUUCCCGAGAAUGCGGCGGACGAGGAGCACGACCCGGAGGGUAGCGCCGAGGUCGUCGUCGGACGGGAGCUGUUCCUGCGACAGAUUGAGCUAUCGCUGAUCCUCAGCGACGUCCUGGCCACGUUCUACACCACCAAGGCGACCCGUCGCGGCGGCACCCUCGACCAGAUCGGUACCGUGGGUGUCGCAGAGCUCGCGAAGCCUAUCGUAAUGAUGCUGAGAGAGUGGUACGCCAGACUCCCGGAAGCACUGCAACUCCAAGAAACCCGCCUCAAGAAGCUUUCGGCAAACGGCUCCCUUCACCUCUCCUACAUCUCAAUAGACCUAGCCCUUCACCGCUCGUUAAUCCGUAAUAUCUCUGCCAACGCGCCCGCCGAGCUCCGCACCGCCAUCCGCACAGGUGCUCGAACCCGUCUCGCAGCUGCUUCCAGCAUCAUCUCCAACCUGCAGAUGGAGCACAUCCAGUCCUUCUGGGGCUUCGCAGCCUCGGCGCAGCUCGCCGCCAUCGGCUCGUUCGCCGGCCUCUUAUGGGCGACAUCCGACGACGAUGCAGAGGCGAUGUACUACGCCGAGAAUGUUGAAGAGUACCUCUGGAGCCUAAGAGUACGGGCUCAGGCCGCGCCCUUCGCGAGAGAGGCGCUGCGCAUGCUCGAGGCUGAUGUCGGAGGACUUGAGGCCGUCAGGGCUGCUGCGACAGGGCUUCAUGUGGAGAUGAAGAUAUGA